CUUGAAGCCAGAUUGCACUGCUUAUGCCUGGAAUAUGCCUCAUCUGACUUGACGUUAAUUGAACAUACACCGAACACACCGGCUAUAACGGCCGACGACACGAGAGGGAAUUCUUCUCUAGGUUAGUUCAUGCUAUUAGUCCGGCCACUAAACGACAGCCAACUACAAUGCUUGAUCCGGGUUCAAUCAUCGCCCUCACGCAAAUCACUUACGAAGGCGCCAAACGAGCUGUCGACCUUGUUCUCACAGCCAUACACUUUCCCAAAGAGUGUGAGGAGUUAUUUGUACAGCUGAAGCUUGAACAAUUCCGUCUGCAGUGCUGGGGUCGAAGUGCGGGGUUAGAGCAGGGAAAGCUGAUUGAGGCUCUACACCCGAUCUUUCCAGAGAUACGAAACGCGCUUGACUGCAUCAGUGCGCUCUUUCAGGACUUGAACAAGUUACAGGCUAAGUUCGGAAUCGUAUCAACCACUGUGGAGGAUGUAGGCCAAAGACAAAAAGAACUGGCGUACAAGUGGAACGAAGAGCUUCAUAAACAAGGCCUGGCACUUUCCGGUAAACAAGGUGACGAUGGGGCGCCAUCGUUGAUCUCAAAAGAACAGAAGACUUUCUUCCCGGUUGGUACCUUCAAGGUCAACCUACCGGCUCGCCUCCGAUGGGCAUUAGGAAACAAGUCCAAGUUCCGCGACUGCGUGGCCGAGCUCGAAAAGUACACCAACAAACUGAACCAACUCUUGCCGGAACGCCAGAGUCUUCAGUACAAACAAGACUGGACAAGAGUCAACAUCAUAAUCGUUGGAAAAGCCGAUGAUGAGAACACGGUAUCUUUACUACGACAUGCCCUUGAGGGAAGUCCGACUAUGGAAGCAUCACUCCGCGGCUUGGUGGAUAGGAAGUCAGUUGCUGCUGCUCCGAGUACGACAAACUUCCUCCGAGGCAAUCCGCAGUUGGACAAGAGCGCUUUCGCUAUGCCUAUGGGGGCUCAGAACAAAGAACGAUUUAUCGCGACGAGAAAGACUACUGGAGAACAGGUUCUCUUUGAGAAAAAGUCAUGGGACGAUGAACGCUCCAUGGCCAACCGGUCCAAGUUACAAAUGCGCCUUAGUCGACUCGUUGCGAUGUUGCGUCCAGGAAGAAGUAACUACCUCCUAAAAGCUAUCGGCUUCGCAGAAGACGAAGUUGCUAAAUGUUGGUGGAUCGUCUAUGAGAUACCGUCAUCUGUAGCCAACGCUGGUGGGAAUCAUGUCAUUACACUUCACGAGCGCUUCGGACGCCAGUUUUUCUAUAUGGCACCACUCGAGGUCCGAGCGAAACUGGCCUUUGCCUUGGCCACAGCCUACUCAGAACUGUUUAGCAGUGGCUGGGUUCACAAGGCUAUCAGUAGUCACAGCAUCGUGUACUUUGGUCCUCAUACUGGUCCUAUAAGUCCUUCUGUUGUUGGUUUCGAGUUUUCCCGUCAAGACACUGAAGAGUCAAACGUUGAUGCCGCCAAGACGCCAGCACAAGUUGAACGAAGUGUUUAUCGGCAUCCUGAUUACAUCGGCAGUGAGGCAAAGAGAUACAUGACACAAUAUGAUAUCUACUCGUUCGGUCUCGUCUUAAUAGAGAUUGCCUUUUGGCAGCCGCUCAAAGAUGUUUGUCCCUAUGCCAAGGGCGACGCAUUCGGGAAAGAAGAAGCGAAGUCUGUACAGAAGUGGGCGGUUCAAGUUGCAGAGACACAAUUUGCGUUCAGGGUUGGGACGGUGUAUGCCAAUGUUGUGAGCUGGUGUUUGAAGAACGGUGCAAGAGUCAGCAAAGACCAGGAAGACUGGCAUCCAGCAUUGGCGUUUAACGAUAAUGUUGUUGUCCCACUUUCUGGAGCGUAGCUUAAUCCAAUGAAUGUUUAAACUUGGUAUUUCUAGAUAGAAUACUGCAGGUUUUAAUACGAAAACAGGGGGCGUAUUAAGUAGCUUGGAGU